CUUAGAUUCUAUUUGUACCGUUUUAUCGGUUUUAUCCGUCGUGUUGGUAGCCAUACAAAUUUUGAAUGGCAACGGUUUAUAAUUCGCGUGAGGACGCUACGCGAGUUUUUAGCCGUAUUUGUGAGUAAAUAAUCGUGAUUUAAUGGAAGAGUUGUUAAAUUAUGACAUUGAAAGUAUUCUACUGAGCAGAACGAACGAUGUUUUUUCACACCAACAACGCGUAAUCGCCGCUUGCGAAGCAUUCUUGAACUCAGUCUCGAGUUCCAUCGCAAAACAACGUGCUGAAAAAAAUGAAUAUCAAGAAAAGGUCACCAAAAAUGCAGCCAUCGUCGCCGACGUCUCGAAUCAAAUUCAAGAAAUUCAAAAUGAAUUCGCAAAUAUUGCCCUGCGACAGAAAGUUGUGGAAAAACAGAUAAGCAACAUUCUCCAAAAGCAAGAGAAAGUCAAACAAGAAAUAGUGGAGGGGAGAUCUCAAGAAGAAAACUAUUCUCUCCAAUUUGUCGAUCUGGAAAAAGAUGCAGAGGAAAAAAAAAUAAGGAGACAAAUGAAAUGGGAUACAAUAAAGAGAGCUUGUUCGGCUUAUAAAUUAGGUCUCCAGUUUCGUAUUGAAAUAAGUGAAUCCUCGGAUGUCUGUGAUCGGAUACGAAUAAUUUUCUUUGAACUCCUCAAAGAUGUAAGCCCCCAAUAUUAUGUGGACUUGAUUAGAACAGCUGAUCUAUGGCGAGUGGAACUUAUUCAUCCAUCUUUAAGCCUAGAACAUCAAGAGCAAUUAAAAUGUGUUGUAAACUUCGAAAAGCAGCAAGAAAUUUCCGAUAUUACGGCAUUUUUAUGCCUUUUGCGAGAAAUCUUCAAAGAGCUACACAAGAAUUGAAUAAACUUGGUUGAACGAAGACGGAAGCUAAAAUGAGACAGUUGUUUGCCCAAUAUUGCAAUCGGUGGCAGGUCAUUUUGACAAUUUCAUUGAAAAUGAAAUUUGCGUGUCGUACCUCGAGAUUUGUGUAUGAAAAAAAGUGAAAGUGAUAAAGAAUUAAAAGAGUAAAGCCUUUAUUAUUAAAAAUUGAAAUAUCUAAUAAUUGUCUCAUCACAUAUACAGAAUAACGUUUAAAUUUAUAUUAACCUUGAAACGGUCCAAUCAAAAUACAUUUUCAUUACCUCAACCCUUAGCGUGUAUGAAUCGUGUAGAUGAAAUGUUUCAAAUAAAUGUAGUUGUUGUUUUAAAACGCGCAGUAUUUCAAGGUGUGGUUUACCUCAACAAUUUCCAUCAAAUUUUUAGCAGGUCUUACACCCACAUGCUAAACUUUGAAUUCUUAGUCAACUGUUUUUUCCUUGCGUUUUCCUUCAUAGAUUGAGAACCACAUGACUCGUAUUAGUGACGUACGUUGACGGUCACUUUCACUUCUGUAAUUAGUAUUAUAUUAUUCUUUGUCUCAUUUCAUGUAAUUCAUUUGAUGCGAGUUUUUUAACAAAUGAUCGUUACCCUCUGAUUAUAAUUGAUGACAACUGUAAAUCACAGCAUGGAUAAAUAAAAAUUACCUAGAUACUAAAUUA